AUGUGCGAUCUGGUGUUUAGGCCGUACCGGUCCACUUCCGCAGAGACAGCUGGAUUCGAUCGCGAACGGUACUAUGGUGUUUCUGGUUCGAUGGCGUUCGUGGUUAGCCCCGUGCCUGCUUUCCAAAGACGUUUCGUCCAAGCCGAGCCGCGAUUCAUCCAAUACCACCGAAAACUUGCGCCUGCUCGGAACCUUUCAUACAUCAGACGCGGGCUUCUACCACCGCAGCGCUUGUGCUUGCAACAGCGAGUAGAGCCGGCCUUGCAUGAGUCGUUUCGGUUCCUGCGAGACGGCUCGGUAACGACACCGGAAGGGUUCCGGGCGGCAGCGAUGGCAGCUGGUUUGAAACCAAGUGGCGCGCCCGAUCUGGCGCUUCUCUACUCUCCGCUGCCGUGUAUUGCAGCAGGGGUCUUCACGCAGUCAGUUCUUGCCGCUGCGCCUGUUCGCUUUUGUCGAGCGCAGUUGGCGCAAGCGGAUCAGCGGGUGCAGGCAAUUCUGAUCAACUCUGGUCAGGCGAACGCUGCAACGGGCACUGCCGGUGACAUCGAUGCCCAGCAGACUGCCGAAGCGGUGGCGAGAUCGUUGAAAAUAUCACCGGCCGCUGUGCUUCUUGCCUCUACGGGCGUCAUCGGCAAGCGCAUUCCUAUGGAUUUGCUGCUUGACGCAGUGCCACGAAUUGUCGAACUAGUGAGCCGUGCGGAUGCGUCCUCCAUAGGCGGUACGCUUGCUGCUCGGGCGAUCAUGACGACGGAUCUUGUUCCGAAGCACAUCGCCGGCGAAGCGUUCAUGCCGGACGGAAGGCGGAUACGAGUCGGUGCCAUGGCCAAAGGCAGCGGCAUGAUCCACCCAAAUAUGGCGACCAUGCUUGCAUUUGCCACAACAGAUGCGGAAAUGAAGAGCACUACGUGGCAGAAGCUACUCCGGAAUGCUGCAGACCAGUCUUUUAACCAGAUCACAGUUGACGGCGACACCAGCACGAAUGAUACGCUGCUUGGACUUGCGAAUGGUGCAGCUGGUGUCUCGAUUCCCGACGAUGAACGGAGUAUAGAGUACCGAGUGAUACGGGAUUUGUUAACUGCAGUUUUGCAGCACUGCGCCAAGGCGAUUGCGCGUGACGGAGAAGGCGCCAAUGUUCUGCUGGAGGUGCGCGUUAGUGGUGCCCGCUCCGACGCAGAGGCGAGGCAACUGGCUCGUUGCGUCGCGAGCUCAGCGCUGUGCAAAGCUGCUGUCUUCGGAAAAGACCCGAACUGGGGACGGGUUGCUGCGGCCCUAGGCCGGGCUGGCGUUCCAUUCGACCCAAUGCAUCUGGAGAUCGCGCUCGGACCGCAUCAGCUAAUGACUGCGGGUCAACCGGUGCCCUACGACGCCGAGGCUGCGCGUAGAUACCUUGCUGAUGCCGCGGCCGCUGGCAAGAACGCCGAAACCUACAACACCGCUGCUGAUACGGUGACGUUCGAAAUCCGGGUCGGACAAGGACCCGGCAUGGGGCUAGCAUGGGGAUGCGACCUCAGCUACGAUUACGUGCGAAUCAAUGCCGAAUACACAACCUGA